AGAAAGGUUGAGAUGUGUAAUCUGGGUCCACCAGGGAAGACGGACAGAGCAGUGUCAGGCAGAAAUGAAAGCCCCUAAUCUGUCUCCCGUGUCUUCUUGUUCUUGCUGUUUUCUGCCUCUUCUUCUCUGGGGUAAGUUGAUGAUUUACAGAGUACUAUAUGUAUAUAAAGAGGGCCAGGGGUAUGGAGGAGUAUGUUGGAUUACUGAGAGAAAAAGUCUGCAAAACAUUGCCCUAGAUUUCACCUCCUACAGUAAGUGGAAUGCUUAGAAGCGCACAGUGAAGUAAGGGAUUGUAGUAAGAGUUUGGCAGAUCUAAUAUUAGAUUAUUGUUUUAAGUAGCCUAAACUAAGUAAUUUUGAUUUGUUAAAAACAUUUUCAUGCUCCAAUGGUGAGGAAACAGAGGUUAAAUAUAGGUAUGAUGAUGGUAUGGAUCUGGUGUAGUUUUCGAAGAUUUUAAGCAGAUUGCUGUUCUAAUUUAGAUUAUCUGUUUUUACCAACAAACACAUAAGAUAUGUCAUUGAGAUCAUCACAGUCUUCACAGAACACAAUGUCACAAUAACUGUUUAAUAAGGAAUACCUCAACUUUAGACUCAAUUUCCCAGACCAGAUCACUGUCCUUCAAAAAAAAAAAAAAGCAAGUUAUUCAAAGACUACAUUAAAUAGUUUGUGUUUGAGGAAAUGGCUGAACUGUUUCAGAUUCAGAGAACAAAGGGAGGAUGCACUCCCUGCCACUGACCAGCUCUCUCUCUCUUCAUUUGUUUCUCUCUUUCCCACUACUUUCUUUCCUGUCUGUCCUAUACUGUUCGAUCAGUCUUCUAUAUGUACAAAUACAUAUCUGUCUACUAAUUUCUGUAUUUGUACUUGCUUGUGUUUGUCUUUGUCUAUUUCUCUGACUGUGCACGUGUGAGAAUGUGAGUAUACACUUUUCUGUAAAGAACUCUCCAGUAACAUUGGCCCUGUUUCGUGUCUGUCCCUGUAGCACUGUGCUCUAUAGCAGCUGGUCUGAUAGGAGAUUAUGAGGCGCCACAAGCUACCACUCCAGGUAACUAACUGUUGUCCUUUUCUCAUGGUCUCUACAUCAACUAACAAAACUCAUCAAUGUCAACUAGUGUUAAAGACCAAGGGAACAACAACACAUGUAUUUUGUUAGAAUAUCUUCACUUUGAUGGGGGUCCCAUGGGUGUCCCGUGUGGCUCAGUUGGUAGAGCAUGAUGUUUCAACGCCAGGGUUGUGGGUUUGAUUCCAACAGGGGACCUGUAUGAAAAUGUAUGCACUCACUACUGUAAGUCGCUCUGGAUAAGAGCGUCUGCUAAAUUAUGUAAAUGUUAUGAUGAACACAUUUACAUUAAUACUUUGAUUAAACAGUAGGUUAUUCUCAUCAAUUAGGUUUCACUUCACGGCAUGACUCAACAACAAAUGCAAACUACCAAUCCCACGGUAAGUUACCAGAUUCAUUUAAAACUUUUUAGGCAACAGUUUAACACCUAUUUCACAAUAUUGGUAUUACACAACAUAAUGAUCAUAGAUGGAUUAUGUUUGAAAUGUUUGUAAAGGUGUAACACCCCAUUCAUGUUCUAAACAAACAUUACCGUCGAGGUUUGUCCUUCGUCAUUGCUAUCGCGCAACGCUUUGAUGUGAAAUUAUAUUUGAAUCCAUGGGGGACUCUGUUGGACGAGCACUGUAAACACAUGGGUUCAGAACAGAACUGGCCAACCUCUUAAAAAAAAAAGACAACCGAGAUGCCAAGAGUCCUAGGCUUCUAGCAUAACGUGAAGCCAAGACAAACCUGUGGGGAGGUCCCCAACAGUGUGGGGUCAGCAGCAGCUGACACAAGACCCAUAAUUAUCUGGAGUCAAAGGUUAACUGAAACCUCGUUACACCUCGUCUGCACGUCCUGUAUUUGUUCACCAUUUGCCCCAUAUGACGGCUAUGUUCAACGCAUGAACUCUAGAGUUGUGAAACAACUGGAACUUUGGAGCAGCAAGCCCCCCUUCACUGUUCCUCACCCUACGAUUUCCUUUUUCUCUCUCUCCCCUACAACUCACCCAACUCUGAGCUCCUCCUCUGCUGAAAAUACACAUUUCCUGAUGUCAUUACUAAAUCAAAACCGUUGCUCAGCAAACAGAUGUGUUCAGGGGCCCCAACCACAUUGUGUAGCAUAGAUUGUCCUGAGAAGACAUCUUCUAAAUCUUUUUAAAGUCACUUUAAAGGUUUUUUAUUUCAUCCCAGUAAUCGACAAAGACUUGUUCUUUUGAAAAACUGCAUCUCUGAUAAGGAGCUUGAGAUAUGAAUAAUUGUUUUAGUGAUGAUGAAGAGAUGGUCUAAUGCGUUGUCUUUGAAAAGCAGUAUGAAACUGAGACAGUAGUCUGCUGAGGUAACAGUCAUGCAGCUCCACAUGGCUCAAGGUACUACAUAAAGAUCCAGGAGGAGUCCACCCAUAUACCCAGGCUUAUCCUAUUGUGUGAACGCUGAAAGUCCUAGUGAGUCGGAGAUUUGCAUUACUUGCCUGUGGCUGUGGGGUAGAUAGAGAGAGUAGGUCUUUGCAAACAGCUGGCUGACUCUAAUAACAUCUUCCAGAUAUAAUGAAAUUAACCCAGAUAUGAAUCCACAGCCGUCUGCACAGCACACCCGUGCGUAAACGCCCUAGUCCUAAAUGUUUACUUAUGUUUCCGAUUUGGCAGAGGCAGCCCUCAAGGCAAAUAAAUCACCAGCUGCAUGUCGGCCAGGCCUUUGACUGUGAGAAAUUGAGACUUAAAAGCAGAACUAGAGUUAAAGAGUAAAGGGUUUUCAGAUGUGAGUCCAGCCCAACUUGGGUGUGCUCCCUUUUUAUUUGAGAGAGAGAGAGAGUGAGAGGACAAUCUUUUGAGCCUCCACCCCUUUAAAAGGCAAGACAAUCCUAAAGAAAUGCACUGGAGAGGGGAAGAGAUUGCUGCCAAGGCGCAGGGCAGACUUACAGAUCCUCGAGGAACAUCUGGUAACCUAACCGCGGGUAACACCUAUCUGACAUCUGGUAACCGGGGGUAUGCCGCGUCUAGCUGCUUCCACCCCUGUCUAGUGUCCUGUUAUGCCUUGUAGGGCUUGGUGUAAGAAGUUCAGGCUCAGUCUAGAUGGUCGUCAGUCAGUGGGGAAAACUCUCCUAUGUUCACUUUCUCUGACAUGAAGGGAGCGCUUGGCUUCUUUGGGGUAAUCCUCUCCGUUCUCUCUGGUGAGUGUGUGGGCUCGCCCCGGGCGGCAGUGAACGCGCGUCUCGCGUUGCUGGACAUUCAGAUUGAGUUGCUGACACGAUGUGCAGCAGUAAAGAUAACAUUUAUUGUAUGCUUCGUUUUGAUUGGUAUCUUAAAUGUUACAUUGAUAAUUUGAAAACAAGAUUUUAUCAUAAUUUAAAAAAGAUGUUGAAUGACACAGCUGUUCAGUCUGUCGGUUUGAGAGGGUGUUUUUAACAGACAUUUCUGUUGUGAUUAUAACCAUUGGUCACUCAAAUGUAUACAAAUGUAUUGUCAUUUUUUCUUCUUAGGUGUUAGCCACGAAGAGAGAGUUACCAGUGGAUUAGGUGGGCCAUUAUUACUUUUCUGACACUACACGUAGGCUAGUUAAUAGUGUUGAGGUGACAAUGCUGUUUCUGCUUGCUGUUCAUCAACAUUAAGAUUAGACAGGGAACUGUUAGUAAUAAUGUGUAACCAUGAAUCUUCUAGACAUUCUUCUAAUCCUUAAUUUUAAGGAUUCAUUUUAGAUGAUUGAAUCAUUUUAAAGAACUGAUUUUCUAAUGUUACAAUACUCUCUCUCUCGCUCUCUCUCUUAUUGUCCAGGUUGUGGGAAUAAUUCUGUUGACUGUGAUAACUACUGUGCUUUUGUGAGUAUUUUCCCACAAGGACGGAGUGCUACGCUGCUUUCUUUGAGAUAAAGUGCUACAGUCCUUUUGUAGGUGAUAUGGAGUCAUUAAACAACACAGAUUGGUGCAACUGGAACAAUGUGAAGCGGUAGGCCUAAAUGCUUCUUUUAAUCCACUUAUUAUUCUGUUUAAUUGAUUUCUGAUCCAACUUAUCAUGCCAUUGGUCUUGCAUUACCACAUGCUUAGUUCAAACAGUCGUUUUGAGAAACCCAACACAUAGUCAAGUGAAUUCAGAGUUAACUCACUCAUUAAUGGUCAAUCAAUACCAUGAAACUCUUAAUAAUGGCUUUCAGAGCACAUAACGUUGCCCUCUGUUGUACUAAUAGUACCUCUCCCUCCUAUCCCUCCCUGUAGGAUGUAUAACACCUUCACCCUGUGCACGGAGGAGAUAGCAGAGUGUCUGCUGAUCCCCUGGCCCAACAGAAUGGUGGAGAAUGAGUUUGUGGACAUCCACUCCAGGUUCUUCCUGGACUGUCCCAAUGAGGCGCUGAGCGACCCCCCACCCAGCAUCGUAUUUGCCCUGGUGAUGACCCCCAUCUGCCUCAUCCCCAUCAUGGUGGUCCUGGUGGUGCUCAAGACCAAGAACGGAGAUGGCAGCUCCUGAUAGGACGUCCUGGAUCAGUCCUCAUCCACCCUGCCUCACCUCCAUGUUCAGACUCACUCUCUCUAUCCCCUGUGGAUUCAAGACUGGGGCCAUUGACUCAACUAUCUUACAGAGAACUGCUUAUCAUCUUACACCCACUGAUGAUUGGCUUAGCUCUUAGGAGUCCUAUCAAAACAAUCUCACAGCACAAACACCUUACACAUGACCUUUUUGGAUGCACUGAUACAGAAUGAGUAGUACCACAUGGGCAUCAUCCAAGGAUUGACAUUAUACGCUUUAGUACUUACAGGGGUUCGAGAAAGGGUCUGUGUUGUGUAACGUGUCAGGUCAAUAUCCUCAGAGUUGCUUCUUGAAAACUCAUCUUCUCCUCAUUCGUCGAUGCUCCUCUAACUAAAAGUGGUGACAGCUAUGUAAAUGUUUAAACUCCCUACACAUCUUAGCAAAGUAUUUAAGAUAGUAGGGUUUAUGGACUUCUCACUCAGACAUUCCAUGUCAUUCUUGACAAUCCAUUCCAUGACCAUCUCCAUCCUGUCCCAGAUCUGAACCCUAACAGCGACUAUGCUAAAAUAGUUACAUGUUUUUAAAUAAUUGUUUUAUUUUUAUAUAUGCGAUUAAAGAAUGGCAAAAGUUGGGAUAUUCUUCAGCACUU